GUUGUUGUACAUUAAUGACACUUAAUAAAACCUUUUUUUUCCCUUUACGUUCCCUUUUAUUAUCUUUGUAUGCAAUACAGUAAUAUUGUUCUUUAUUAAAAACAGCAUAAAGACGGGUAGUGUUUUAAAGACUGUUAUGGAAUAAUGGCAUUUUUACAAUGGGGAAAAUUGAUUUGAUAUAGCAAAUUGAGCUGAGUCACGAAACGAAUUGAAUUCGCAAUUGGAGAGUGCGGUGUAUUUCCGAACGUCCAUUUGCUGUACUGAGGAAAGUUGUUUUCGGCCCUCCGAAUGUGUGCGUGUGCUUGUAGUGUCGUAGUAGGGGGCGUGGCCGUGCUGAAAAAACGGGCUCCAGAUGUGUCCCCUGGCUGCAGUCAGACGUAUCUGGCAGAUGAUGAUGGGUGGAGCGGCUGACAAGAACUUGGAAGUGGCAGCCAGGCGGUUCCCGAUGUGCUUGCGCCACCACCACGUUGGAGGACUGCGCCUGUGACGUCGGCGACGGUGGGCGGAGUCACCGAAGCGGACGAGCGCUGGCUGCCAAAAAGGAGGGAGACGCGCGGAGGAGAGCAGCUGGAGGCAGGCGGGCUCACCGGAGGGAGCGAUGCUUGUCGGACUGAGCCUGGGAUGAAUAGUUUCGCUGCUUUUGAUUGAUGGGAGAGAGAGAAAAAAAAUAAGAAUAAAAAAGCAGCUUCACGUACAAGACAACUUAACGAGGACUUGCUUUUUUUUUUUUUUUUUUUUAAAUCAUUGAAUUAACAGUGCCUAAUUUCCACAUCAAUUUACUGGGGCGUCCCAUGCCCGGAGGAAGACCGACCUCCCUCGUUGAGCGUCCCCGGCCACUUGCGCUCCCCUGGCGGACUCAGCAGCAGCAGUUCUCGGCGUUAGCUGAGAUGUUUGAGUCGCGUUCUUUGGUGGGCUGAACGCACCGAAAGAAAGAGAAAGAAAGAAAGAAAGAGAGAGUGACCCGAGACACCGAGGGAGAGGGGAACCGAGAGCAUGGCUCUGGUACCGCUGUCUCUCUGGGUGCUAACGACUCUCACCUGGGCCAGCCCGCUCCAGGGGUCCAUCAGCAGGCAUUCAAUUUACUGGAACAGCUCCAAUAUUCAUCUGCGUCGCGAGGGCUACACAAUGCAGGUGAACGUCAACGACUACCUGGACAUCUACUGCCCUCACUACAACGACAGCCAGCGCAUGGUGGGCACCAGCGAGCAGUACGUCCUCUACAUGGUCAGCUACCGCGGGUACAGGAGCUGCGACCCCCAGAUGGGCUUCAAGAGGUGGGAGUGCAACCGGCCGCACGCCCCCCAUGCCCCCAUCAAGUUUUCGGAGAAGUUCCAGCGCUACAGCGCCUUCUCGCUGGGCUACGAGUUCCACGUCGGACAGGAGUACUACUACAUCUCCACGCCGACUCAUCACCACAGCCGCAGCUGCCUGAGACUACGUGUGUACGUUUGUUGCUCCACAGCCUCUGAUGUAGACGAUGAGCCAGAACCAACAGAGGCAGACUACACGCUUAGACCGGGCCUAAAAAUGGACGACAUUGAUGAAUUCAACCCUUCUGUCCCCAAGCUGGAGAAGAGCGUGAGCGGAAGCAGCCCGUCGCGGGACCGCCUCCUGCUCACCAUCACCAUGCUACUGCUGGCCACGCUCUUCAUCUCCUAGCAACGGCCGUUGCAUCAGCGUCACCAUGCCAACGGGCCUUCGUAGGGUGGAUAGUACAGCGGCGGGCGGGACAGUAAAAAUGCAGUCUGUGUAUUGUGUGUCGUCUGUGCGUGCGUGUGUGUGUUGAUUCAUGCACGCCAUACAAAGCAUUUAUAAAAGUGGCAACGUCAGACUGAAAUUAUUAAAUAAUUGUAAAAAAAGAAAAAAAAUACAUCGUUAAAUCCACCCACGCAUUUGAUUGGCUAGUUCACUUCCUGUGGGUUAAUUGCCAUAGAUUCUCGCAACAGGACAAAUUCAACUCAAGUGAACUGCAUCGAUUGGAGGAUCUCGAUGGGAACAUUACACCUAAGGUGGAAAGUUACAGGGCUUUUUUUUUUUUUUUUUCAUCCCCCAAGCAGAAGAUAGUUCAUGAACACAACGUGGGACUCAUGUUUUUUUUUGCCAUCUCUACUCGCAGUCAAGCAGGGGAGAAACAUUCGUAAAAGCAUUUAAAUGUCCGAGGUUAACAAAGCACACACGUGCACAGUCGCAGAGGAGCAUCCCUGCAUGUGAACACUCAGCAAUACCGAGGAGGAAUGAAGGAGUGUGUUGCGGUUGUUGUGCUCUGCCACAAUCUCAUUGCCCAUUUCUCUUCUGUAUGUAUGUGUGUAUUGUCUGGAUGUUUGAGCGGAUACUAACAUCCAGGCAACACAUCCACACACUUAACAUAAUUCAAAUGCAAAAAAAAUAAACUAAUAAAUACAUUUUAAAAAGCUAAA